AUGAAAGCCACGGCCUGUAAUGGAUCAGAGGACUUCCCACCUGUCUUCUAUCUGGUGGGCAUACCCUCUCUGCAGGAGUUCCUCUUCCUCCCACUCUUCUUCAUCUUCCUGCUCUUCUACCUCCUCAUCCUUGUGGGUAACACCUUGAUCCUGGUGGCAGUCGUGGUCGAACCCAACCUCCACAAGCCCAUGUACUUCUUCCUGGUCAACCUCUCUGCCCUAGACAUCCUUUUUACCACAUCCACCGUCCCCAAGAUGCUGUCCUUGCUUCUAAUAGGGGACCACUUCCUCAGCUUCCCCGCCUGCUUCCUGCAGAUGUACCUCUUCCACAGCUUCUCCUGCUCAGAGGCCUUCAUCCUGGUGGUCAUGGCCUACGACCGCUAUGUGGCCAUCUGCCGCCCACUGCACUACCCUGUCCACAUGACCCCACAGACCAAUGCUGCGCUGGCAGCUGGUGCCUGGCUCACCGCCCUCCUCUUGCCCAUCCCAGCAGUGGUGCAGACCUCCCAGAUGGCUUUUGAUGGCACUGUUCAUAUAUACAACUGUUUCUGCGACCACCUGGCUGUGGUCCAGGCCUCCUGCUCUGACACCACCCCGCAGACCUUCAUGGGCUUCUGCAUUGCCAUGGUGGUAUCAUUCCUGCCCCUCCUCCUGGUGCUCCUCUCCUACGCCCGCAUCCUGGCCUCGGUCCUUCGCAUCAAGUCCCGAGAAGGGCGCUCGAAAGCCUUCUCCACCUGCAGCUCCCACCUCCUGGUGGUCGGCACCUACUACUCGUCCAUUGCCAUAGCCUACGUGGCCUACAGGGCCGAGCUGCCCCUCGACUUCCACAUCAUGGGCAACGUGGUGUUUGCCAUUCUCACCCCUGUGCUCAACCCCCUCAUCUACACCCUGCGGAACAAGGAUGUCAAAGCUGCCAUCACCAAAAUGGCAUGUGCCCAGGACUCACAGCAAUCUGGAGCACUGGAUCCUUAA